AUGCUGCGCUCUAGUGCCCCCCUCUGCGCGCUGGGCGGCAGUAUUGUACGUAGCAAAGCUCUCGUCGCCCCCGUCUCGGAGGUGGUGAUCCGCGACGCCGGCACCAAUCUACCCGGUAUUCCGCAUGCGAACCGCGUGUGCCGCUCCUAUCGGCAGUGGCUCAAGCUCGCUGUUCUCUGCCCACCUAGCGCCUUGUGCGACCUUAACGAGCACGCGCAGAUGAACGAGCGCUUUGUGAUUAUUCUACGGCAGAAGUUCCGCGAAGGUGCUGAACUCCGCGACCCGGACCAGAUCGCCGUGGCAGUACAGUCGUGUGAGCGCAGUCUCGCCAUGUUCCGCUUCCUCGCCGCGGACGGCGCGAAGCGCAAGUUCCCGGAGGCGAAACCGCGGCUGAACCUCCACAAGAUGGGCUUCUUGGAGAUGGGCAAGCUAAACUACAAGCAGAUGGUGAAAGAGUACUGGAACACGUAUGUGCUGCGCAAGUGGUAG